UCACGUGAGUCCAACUGUGAAACAUGGCACCUGUCUAGAAUAGCUAGUACUGAAUCGCUGGUUGACAGAAAAACACCAUAGGAUACAUUGCGAUUAUUGUUUAGUGUUUGCAGCUCUACGAUGCAGAAAAUCAAGUCUUUGAUGGCCCGUCAGGGUCUGAAGAGUCCUCAGGAGAGUGUGGCGGACAUGAGCCCUGUGGAGAGCUUCAGGACCCCCAGCAAGGAGGAGCUGAGGGAAUUGAGAGAGCAACCCACCGAUCCACAGGCAGAACAGGAAAUCAUUGAUAGCAUAGAGGAAGUGUACUUCUCCGGUGACUCCUUCGACAUGGUGCAAUACGAGCUUGAGAAACUCCCUCCGGAUCUGAACCUUCUGGAGCUCGAGGAGUAUAGAGAUAAGCUAAAAAGACAACAAGCAGCCGUAUCUAAAAGAGUGGCAGACCUUAUUUUGGAGAAACAGCCUUCCUAUGUUAAGGAGCUCGAAAGAGUGACGUCUCUGCAGACCAACUUGCAGCUGGCUGCUGUCAUCUGCACUAAUGCACGGAGGCAGCUUCGUUCUGCUAAAGAAGGCUUCACUGAAGCCAGUCUGGGGCUGUUAGCCAAUCAGAGACGACGGCAGCUGUUGACAGGAUUGUUGAAGUCUUUGAGGACCAUAAAGACUCUGCAAAGAACCGAUGUUCGACUGAGUGAAAUGCUGGAGGAGGAGGACUAUCCAGGCGCCAUCCAGCUGUGUUUAGAAUGCCAGAAGGCUGCCAGUACUUUCAAACACUACAACUGUAUAAGCGAGUUGAAUUCCAAGUUGCAAGACACUCUGGAGCAAAUCGAGGAACAGCUCGACGUGGCACUGUCGAAAACCUGCAAGCACUUUGAUGUUUCUCACUACACCAAAGUUCAACUGGCAUAUAAGCUGCUGGGCAAGACACAGACGGCCAUGGAUCAGCUGCACAUGCAUUUCACUCAGGCCAUCCACAACACUGUCUUCCAGGUGGUGCUGGGAUACGUAGAGUUGUGCGCCGGCAACGCCGACACCAAGUUCCAGAAGAUGCAAUACAAGGACCUUUGCACGCAUAUUACUACAGACAGCUACAUCCCCUGCUUGACUGACCUCUGCAAGGCUUUGUGGGAAGUGAUGCUCAGUUACCAUCUGACCAUGCAGUGGCACGAUGAGCACUACAAAGAAGAAGAGGCGACUCCUGGAGCGGAUGAUUCCAGCGCAGAGGGCUCAGACGAAUCUAACGUGGGUCGCAGCUAUGUGAAAAAGAAGCUGGAACAUGGCUUAACGCGGAUCUGGCAGGACGUCCAAUUGAAAGUGAAAGCCUAUUUGUUGGGAACAGACGUGUCCAACUUCAAGUAUGACGAUUUCAUUGUGGUUCUGGAUGUUAUCAGCAGGUUGAUGCAGGUGGGAGAGGAAUUCUGCGGCAGCAAGUCUGAGCUUUUGCAAGAGUCUAUUAAGAGACAGAGUGUAAACUAUUUUAAGAACUAUCACAGAACUCGCCUAGAGGAGUUGCGAAUGUUUCUUGAAAAUGAAACAUGGGAGUUGUGCCCUGUGAAGUCCAACUUCAGUAUUGCCCAGCUUCACGAGUUCAAGUUCAUGGGUCAGUGUCGUUCUCCUUCAGUAUCUCCCAGCAGGCAGCCGGAAUCCACAGAGAUGAUGGAGCUCUCUUUGUUUGAGCAGUACCUACAGGGAGGAAAUCCUUUUGAGAGGCAGAUAGACAAUAAGGAAGAGGAGACAGAGGAUGUCCUGGCUUCUAAUGGGUAUGAGUCAGAUGAGCUGGAAAAGAGUGUGUAUCAGGACUACGACAGUGACAGUGAUGUACCUGAGGAGCUGAAACAAGACUAUGUAGAUGAACAGACAGGAGACGCUCCAGUGAAGAGCGUGUCCAGAGAGACACUUCGCAGCCGGAAAAGGUCUGACUACAAUCUGAACCGAGCCAAUGCCCCCAUCCUUACCAACACCACCCUCAACGUGAUUCGCCUGGUUGGAAAAUACAUGCAGAUGAUGAACAUCCUGAAGCCCAUCGCCUUUGAUGUCAUCCACUGUGUGUCUCAGCUCUUUGAUUAUUACCUUUAUGCCGUCUACACCUUCUUUGGCCGCAAUGACAUGCACUUCCAAUCUGCAUCUCUGCCUUCACAAGGCUCUCAACCUGGUGCGUCCAGACAGGUGGUUCCUAUCUACUGGUAUGAAUCAUCUGGACUGGGUUUGAUCAGCAGCAGACUGAGGACGACGCUCAGCCGAAUUCAGGAGAGCCUAAUAGACGUGGAGGCCGGAGGGGAGAACGCAGGUCCACACGCGUCUCCUGAGGAAAGGAAGGAGAAGGUCCCGAGUCCUCAUCUCAGUCAGCUGGUGGUCCUGACAGCUAGUGAUACGCUUUAUGGCUUGGCUGAGAGAGUCGUCGCCACUGAAUCACUAGUUUUUCUGGCAGAGCAGUUUGAGUUCCUCCAGCCUCAUCUCGACACCAUGAUGCCUUCAGCCAAGAAGCCCUUCCUUCAGCAGUUCUACUCACAGACUGUAUCUACAGCCAGCGAGCUCCGCAAACCCAUUUACUGGAUAGUGGCGGCCAAAGCCAUAGAUUACGAACAGAUGCUGUUACUGAUGGCGGGAGUGAAAUGGGACAUUAAAGAGAUAAUGUCACAGCACAACGUCUAUGUGGAUGUCCUUUUAAAGGAGUUUGAGAAGUUUAACCAGAGACUGGGAGAUGUGUCGAAAAUAGUUCGGAUUCCUCUGCCUGUGUCCAAUGUCUUAUGGGAGCACUGCAUCCGUCUGGCCAACAGGACAUUAGUGGAGGGCUAUGCAAAUGUGAAGAAAUGCAGUAAUGAAGGACGUGCGCUGAUGCAGCUGGACUUCCAGCAGUUCCUGAUGAAGCUGGAGAAGCUCACCGACCUCAGACCAAUUCCAGACAAGGAGUUUGUAGAGACCUACAUCAAGGCAUACUACCUUACCGAGAACGACAUGGAGCAGUUCAUCAAGAACCACAGGGAGUACUCCAUGAAGCAGCUGACUAACCUGGUCAACGUCUGCCUCGGCUCCCACAUCAACAAGAAAGCGCGACAGAAACUCCUCGCAGCUAUCGAUGACAUUGACCGGCCGAAAAGAUAAAUACAUGUCACCAAACUCCACAGAAAAAACACACACACACACCUUCACUGUUACUUGUCCAGUAUCUAUUAUCGUGCUCGGCCUGCAUUUUUUAACCAUGUAAACGUUUCGGUUUCUGUUUACAUUUUAUUACGAAUGUAAGCAGGAUGUGCUCUGACUAUAAGAAGCGGCCAUUCGAAGGGCUGUAAAGGAUAAUGGAUAACGAAGGUGUUAUCACUAUCACUUGAAUCGCAACACGAAUGAAUGACUCACGCGCCAUCAAACAGUACUUUAAACAUAGCUGUGGCUAAGCAACUACAUUCUUCUGCCAUAUUUCCCUUUUGGAGGAAUUCGUGCUGGAUCUGCAUUUUUAAUAAUACACACUGAGAUUCUGAUACUUUACACAAAAAGCAUGUGCGUUCCUAUUCUUUCGCUAGCUGUGCGUCACUGGUCUGACCCUGUUACAGAUUCCAGAGACGUAUUGUAGUGUUGUUGUCAUUUGUCACGAAACACAUUUGUGCAGGAAUGUGAUUACUUAUAUGUUAAUAGUAAUAAUAGAGCAAGACUCUAAAAAAAAAAAAAAAAAAGACCUGAAAACGUCCUGUUAGAAAGUGAUAAAACUAUUUAUUUCAGAUACCGUACGUCUGAAAUGCGGAGAAACUGUAUUUCUCCUGCUGAAAUGUGUUGCUUUGUUUGUGGUUACUAAAUUGUGUAAUACUGUUCACCUGUACCAAGUUGAAGGCAAGGUCGUACAAUAAAUACGCUAACAUUUUUA